UCCGCCCCUUCCCCUUGACGUCAUUCAGCAGCGGCCGCCGGUUGCUAGGUAACGGGAACGCUGUGUGGGGGUAGAACGGGUUACGGAGGAUCUGGGGGCGGCGCGCUGCGGGGGAGGCUGUAGAGAAACCGGGGAGACCGGCUAAUACUGAGAGAGGAAGACGGGAGAGAGACUGACAGAAGGACAGUGGGGACCCGGAGGAGCUGGACAUGGCGGAGCAGUACAGUCGUCAGGAGUACUAGACAUUACCAGGGUGAAUAGUCAUCAGCAGAGCGCCCCCUCCAGGGAUCAUGGCCUCAGAGUGUGUGAAGGUGGUGGUCCGCUGCCGCCCCAUGAAUGGCAGGGAGCAAGAACUGAAGUGCCAGGCGGUGGUCACCAUAGACAGCAACCGGGGCCAGUGCUUCAUCCGUAAGCCUGAGAGCGGGGAGGAGACCCCCAAACAGUUCACCUUCGAUGGGGCGUACUACGUGGACCACUGCACUGAGCAGAUCUACAAUGAGAUCGCCUACCCACUGGUGGAGGGAGUGACGGAGGGAUAUAAUGGCACCAUCUUCGCGUAUGGUCAGACAGGGAGCGGGAAGUCUUUCAGCAUGCAGGGGGUUCCGGAUCCGCCGGCACAGAGAGGCAUCAUUCCUCGGGCCUUCGAGCACAUCUUUGAAAGUAUUCAGUGUGCAGAAAAUACCAAGUUUUUGGUCCGAGCGUCAUAUCUGGAGAUAUACAACGAAGAGAUCCGGGAUCUAUUGGGAGACGACACCAAGCAGAAGAUGGAGCUGAAGGAGCACCCGGAUCGGGGCGUUUAUGUGAAGGCCCUGUCACAACAUACAGUGCACAGCGUGGCUGAGUGCGAGAAGAUCAUGGACACGGGCUGGAGAAAUCGCUCCGUAGGGUACACAUUGAUGAAUAAAGACUCAUCUCGCUCACACUCCAUAUUCACCAUCACCAUAGAGAUCUGUACUACAGAUGAGGGCGGAGAAGAUCACCUCCGAGCCGGGAAACUCAAUCUGGUGGAUCUUGCCGGCAGUGAGAGACAAUCUAAAACUGGCGCCACCGGAGAGAGGCUGAAGGAAGCCACGAAAAUAAACUUGUCCCUCUCCGCUUUGGGCAACGUCAUCUCGGCUCUUGUGGAUGGAAAGUCCAAGCACAUACCUUACAGGGACUCCAAGCUAACCCGCUUGUUACAGGACUCGCUGGGGGGAAACACGAAGACACUGAUGGUGGCCUGCCUGUCUCCUGCGGACAACAACUACGACGAGACCCUCAGCACCUUGCGCUACGCUAACCGAGCCAAAAAUAUCAAGAACAAGCCGCGUAUUAAUGAAGACCCCAAGGACGCCCUGCUCCGAGAGUACCAGGAAGAGAUCAAGAAGUUAAAGGCAAUGCUUUCUGGACAGUCGGACAUCAAGGAACCUCCAGCAAUCCCAAGGCCUCCGGUAAAGCCCGUACAGACAGAAGCGAAUGGACAGAUAGUGGACAUGGAGUCUGAGAAACAAAUGAUCCGGCAGGAGUACGAGGAGAGGUUUGCUCGUCUGAAGGCCGAAUAUGAAGCGGAGCAGAAGUCUCGAGUUCGUCUAGAAGAAGAUAUCAACAAUCUGCGCAAUUCCUACACCCAGCAGCUGGCCGACAUGGAGCAAGACCUGAAAAAGAAAUCAGAUUCCAGUAUAAAUGGCGCAGGCGCGGCCUCUGGUGCCUCAGCUGAAGGUUUAGUGAUCCAGCCAGAAGCACAAGUGGCCGUACAUCUUAGCAGCAUAUCCAGAGAAAACCUGGGGACGGAUACUGCGUCAGCCACACUUGUCCCUCCGCAGGAGCCCCCGCGGUCUGUCAGCCCCCAGCAAGUACUUGCCAGGUUGCAGAUGCUGGAGCAGCAGGUGGUUGGCGGUGAACAGGCCAAAAACAAAGACCUAAAGGAAAAACACAAGCGCAGGAAAAAGUAUGCGGAUGAACGGAAAAAGGAGCUGGUCGCUGCCCUGCAAAACGUGGACGAGGACAGCGGCGACCGAAUCCUGCUGAACGUCUAUGAAUCUAUUCAGGAAGAGCUGCAGGCCAAAAGUAAACACCUCGAGAAGAUCCAGAAGAAGCUGAAAGCCGCAGAGAUUGAGAUUCAGGAUCUGCACUCAGAGUUUGAGCAGGACAGAGACGACUAUCUAGUGACUAUACGGCGCCAGGAACGGGACCUGCUCCUCUUCCAGCAGAUGCUCGAACAGAUCCAGCCCCUGAUCAGGAGAGACUGUAACUACAGCAACCUGGACAAGAUCAGGAGAGAAGCAUCAUGGGACGAGGAGAGCGGAUGCUGGAGGAUCACCGAAAUCCUCAUCCAGAAAACCAGCCUCCCCUCAGCCCCUGGUCUUCCAUCGGCGAAACCAAAGAGGACUCCACCAAGUGAGAACGGGGAGCACCACCUGGGGGAAGAUCGAUACAAGGCCAUGCUCAGCCGAAGUGACAGCGAAAACCUGGCAAGCAACUACUUCAGAUCCAAGCGUGCCAGCCAAAUACUCAGCGCCGAUCCCAUGAAGAGCCUGGCUCCGCACAGCAGUUCUCCAGCGUACAGCUCUCCGCAUACCACAUCGCCUUCCAUCUUGUCUGCCAGUCUCAACUCCGUGUCUCCAGUUCCGUCCCUGGAUGCGCCCCUUCCACGGCCAUUUAGACUGGAGUCCCUGGAGAUCCCAGCCUCAUCUGCCAAAACCAAGCGCAAGAAAAGCAGAAGCCACUCAAACACUGAGGCUUAUUGAACAUUUGUGGGAGAAUGGCCGAUCGGGAAGCACCAGCACGACAGAAGAACAAGGACGGUAUAGAGAAUCUCCUGGAUGCACCAUGAGAUGUUUCUGCACUGCCUACCAGGGGCAAACUGGUUCAGCAUGGGACUGAUGGGACCCGAAGGGGCAAACUUGUUCAGAAUGGGACUGAUGGGACCCAAAGGGGCAAACUGGUUCAGCAUGGGACUGAUGGGACCCGAAGGGGCAAACUGGUUCAGCAUGGGACUGAUGGGACCCGAAGGGGCAAACUGGUUCAGCAUGUGACUGAUGGGACCCAAAGGGACAAACUGGUUCAGCAUGGGACUGAUGGGACCCGAAGGGGCAAACUGAUUCAGCAUGGGACUGAUGGGACCCGAAGGGGCAAACUGAUUCAGCAUGGGACUGAUGGGACCCGAAGGGGCAAACUGGUUCAGCAUGGGACUGAUGGGACCCGAAGGGGCAAACUGGUUCAGCAUGGGACUGAUGGGACCCGAAGGGGCAAACUGGUUCAGCAUGGGACUUCUUAUAGGACAAUGUGAAUCAGGACAAAUUGUCCAGAUAUCUCUCUACCACCGGUCUCCAAACUGUGGACCUCCAGCU